AUGUUCAGCCAGCCUUCUUAUCUUAGUCAACAUAAAAAAAUUCACACUGGAGAAAAACCCUAUAAAUGUAGUGAAUGUGGAAAGGCUUUCAUUGCUUCUUCAUCACUUAUGGUGCAUCAGAGAAUUCAUACUAAGGAGAAACCUUAUCAAUGCAAUGUCUGUGGAAAAUCUUUUAGCCAUAAUUCCAGUCUUAUUGUGCAUAUCAGAACUCACACUGGGGAAAAACCCUAUGAAUGUAAUGAAUGUGGGAAAGCAUUCAAUCGUAUAGCAAAUUUCACAGAACAUCAGAGGAUUCAUACUGGAGAAAAACCCUAUAAAUGUAAUGAAUGUGGGAAAUCAUUUAUUAAUUAUUCAUGCCUUAGUGUACACCACAGAAUGCAUACAGGAGAGAAACCUUAUAAAUGUAAUGAAUGUGGAAAGGCCUUCAUGCGUUCUUCAUCUCUAAUUAUACAUCAGCGAAUUCAUACUGAGGAGAAACCUUAUCUCUGUAAUGAAUGUGGGGAAUCUUUCAGAAUAAAAUCACAUUUAACUGUACAUCAGAGGAUUCAUACUGGAGAGAAACCAUAUAAAUGUACUGACUGUGAGAGGGCAUUUACCAAAAUGUCAUACCUUAUUGUACAUCAGAGGACCCACACUGGAGAAAAACCAUAUAAAUGUAAUGAAUGUGAGAAAGCUUUCACUAAUACAUCACAGCUUACUGUGCAUCAGAGAAGGCAUACUGGAGAGAAACCCUAUAAAUGUAAUGAAUGUGGGAAGGUUUUUACAAGUAACUCAGGCUUUAAUACCCAUCAAAGGACACAUACCGGGGAGAAGCCAUUUAAAUGUAAUGACUGUGGCAAAGCAUUUAGCCAGAUGGUACACGUUACAGAACAUCAGAAAAUCCAUAGUGGAGAGAAACCCUAUAAAUGUGAUGUCUGUGGAAAAGCCUUCAGGAGAGGUUCAUACCUUACAGUUCACUGGAGGACACAUACUGGAGAAAAACCCUACAUGUGUAAGGAAUGCGGGAAAGGUUGUAUUACUCUAUCACAGCUAACUCUGCACCAGAGAAUUCAUACUGGGGAGAGGCCCUAUAGAUGUGAAGAAUGUGGAAAAGCCUUCAGAACUAACUCAGACUUUAUUGUGCAUCUGAGGAUGCACACUGGAGAAAAACCCUAUAAAUGUAGUGAAUGUGGAAAAGCCUUUAGGAGUAGCUCCAGCCUUACUGUACAUCAAAGAACACAUCAGAGAGAAAUUCAGUUAGUAUAG